AUGUUCCUGGGUUUUCAAAACGUGAUUUCGGGAACCUUUAUCGGGCACAAUAACAAGAAUAAACUUAUCGCGGAGGCCAAAGUUCACAGUGACUGGGAAUCGUUUUGUGUGCGAGCAAAUCCAGAUGGCGGUUAUCUUCUCCUCGUGAAACAGGGUAGAGGGUUCUUGCCGAUGCGGGUAGACGGGGACAACCAGCUCGUGGUCAGUACUAACAGAGAUGAGGGUGUAGCAUGGGAAUUUAUUCGGGUCGACGAUGAAGAUGUCAUUUGA